CGGCGCAUAGCGCCUCUUCACAAUUUGUUAGUUGGUACAGCAUACCUAGAUACGCAUUCUACGCAUAUGAGAGAUAAGUGCAUAGCAUAGGAGAAAACGGAGUAACUGACUCCUGACUCAGUGACUUUGACACCUCCUUACCCCGAUUGGCAGUGUUGUUACCCAAGUGAUACACAACUUCUCGGCGACCGAUCGAUGUAAACAAGUUGAAACACGCGAACAAUAUCGUUUAGUUUGGUUUCGGUCCAUUGAUCAAUUAUUGCAUUCCUGCUUCUACGGCGGGGUUUAAUGUUACGUGAGAAAAAGUACUUGCCACGUACAGUUCUCAAAAUUAUUCUCAAUAUGGUGUUAUUCUGGAAAAAACUUUUUACUCCUCUCCUCUCGCUGCUGCAAAGUGACAUGUGGCUAAUAGGACCUAUAACGGCGUAACGAAAAGCAAAAUGUUCAGUUUUCAUAAACCUAAGGUCUACCGUUCGAGUCAGGGAUGCUGCAUUUGCAAAGCAAAAUCAAGCAGCUCGAGGUUUACUGACAGCAAAAAGUAUGAGGAGGAUUUUAUCAAGUGCUUUGAAUUAAGCGAGCGACGCACAGGAGAGAUUUGCAAUGCGUGUGUGCUUUUGGUGAAAAGAUGGAAGAAAUUGCCUGCUGACACUAAAAAAAAUUGGAAACAUGUAGUGGAUGCACGUGCUGGCCCCGGAAUAAAAUCGCUAACAAAAUUUAAAGCCAAGAAUAAAAAGAAAAAACUGCAGGAUGAAAAAGAAAAACUUGAGAAACUUGUGAAGAAGAAGCACGUUUACCUAAAACGAGACAGAGAGCAGAGUCCUGCCAUGAGCGAUGAUUUGAAUGAUGAUGAUUUUAAUUGUUCUGGAAGCAAAAAUUCGAGUAGAGCAGGCAGCCCUCUAGACCUUAUUUGUGAGACUUCCAUCAAAGAGAGUCUGCUAGCUCUGGCUGUGGCCUACUUUAAACAGGAGGCAAUUUGUUGCGGAAUGGUAUUCAAAGGCCGGAACGGUGAAGUGAUGAUGGACAAGAAACAAAUGAAGCCUUGUUCGGUGAACGUGGUGAAAGCACAACAGCAGCAGAUGACAGUCCUGAGGAAAAGUCCGUCACCUGGUUCAGCGUCGGCGAGUCCCUCGCACAGUUCCGCGUCCACUAGUCCCGCUUACAGUAUGGAAUCAACCGUUGAAUCCUAUUCAGAUUCUGGGUAUGAUGAAAAUUCCAAUGGACUCGGUGAGAGAAAGCUAACUAAAAUAAUUCAAAAUAGCGCGUCUGGAGUGAAAGUUCAGCACUUGAAAGGCGUGCAACUGAAGGCGGUACCGAUCGACGAAACUGUCCGAUUAAAAAGCAGUCAAGAGGUGCCGAUGAAUCUGGUGCCGAUGAAGCCGAUCUCGAUAAUUGCGGCGACAAAUCUUACCAUGAGUAAUCUCACGUUAAGCGAUGGCAGUUCACUUCCAAUUGCUCAGUCCAGUCCAAUGAUGAUAUCAUCCAAUCCACUCGUAGAUUUAGCAAUGCAUGCAUCCUCUAGGCAACCGGUCUAAUGUCAGUCAUCCCGUAGAGUCUUAAUUUAUUGUUUUUCAUGUAGAGUUAGGUUGUACGUUUGCAACAAGGACUUAAACCCCCCCCCGAGAAGAAUGAUCGCGCAUACCCAGAUUUCGAGGGCUAUGGACGGGCUUGUCCGAAAUUUAUAUAUAUGAAGGGUGAUAAUAAUUAUGUCUUGCAAGAUAUGAUUGCAAAAGUUACAAUAUCUCGAUCCAAGGAGACGACGGCACCUUCUUCCAAAAUGAAUUUUUUCAAGUCUCGUCUUAUGGAUCGGGUUCAUCUUACACUUUCGCAGCGAGUACCUUUUUUUUUCUUCUUCUAGCAUCGGGAUCUUUACUUAAGACUUAUAUCGUUUUACUUGAGAGAAAGACAAAACUAGAAUUUAUAGAAAGAAAAUGGUGAGCAAGUGUUAAGUAGAGAUUCUCUCAUAAAACUGCCACACGAAAUUGGUAAUCUUCCACCGAUUGUGAAAUUCGUAGGAGGUUUUCAAAUAUGAUGUAAAAAAGAAAAAUUAAAUUAUGUGGCAGUUUUUUUUUUGUUUCUAGUUGGCUUUGUGUUUUUGAUCGUUAGUGUUUUUUUUAUGCGCGCACAAAAAGGUUAUAUCAAUAAAUCCCAUCCACAGCUUCUGUUUUCUGGGCAAUCUCGCAUUACCGUUACACAUCUAUAUAUACAUUGUAUGUAUAUAAUUAUAUAUGUAUAUGAAUAUUGUACAGGUGUUUCUAAGAUGCCAAUCAAUUUUCCAACACUUGGGUCCAAAAAUGGCAAGGAUACUUGUUAUUUAAGAUCGUAGUAUCAAAUAUGUAAAGUGCAUUUGAAACGAAACGUGCAAAGCUCCAUGACAAUGUGUUCAGAUACGAGAAUUCUGACCCAUUUAUAGCAAUAAUGAGAGUAACUUUACGAUAAAAGAAGUAAGACCAAGUCUGUCGUGUGGCGUUUUAUCAUGAUUAUAUUGAUUUUAGACUGUAUUAUCAGUCAAAGAGGUAGCAAAUCUGCAGCUUGGUGCAACUGAUGGCGUCAGAAAACAAAUCAAUAGCACUGUUUCUAAACGUGAAAAUGAAAUAAAAUAAAAGAUAUAUAAGGAAUUUUAGGAGUCGCGUUGCCCACAUUCUGAUGUCACAUAUAAUCAUUGUCGACAUUUUUCUUCUUUUUUUUUUUUGCUCAUCCGAUUUCUAGUUGUUUUAUUUUCUCCGUGAUUUUGUGUGAGAGAAUAAUGUAGGAUUUUUGUUUUGUUUUAAUACAUCACCGGCAACGCGAUUUAUUUUUCCAAAUUUUUUUACAGAUGGGCACAUUAUCGAACAAAAGCACAAGAUGAUGGUACCUGUCCAAAGAAUAGAUUAUUUACUUGGUUUUUCGAUACCAAAUUGUUGGUUUUUAAACCAAUCUUUUUAAUUGAUUUACAGAUAGCUAAACCGUAAAACAAUAAUCAUGAUGAACUUGUGAAGUCUUCUUAUAAAGAGAGUAGUGUUUUCUAAAAGUUUUUAAGCCGCGAUAAGUAGUUUUAUUUAUUUUUUUCGUCUUGGUAGACUAGAAUUCUGAAACGCGAGCCGUGUUAAUAGGAUAUUUUACACGUUUACAUCUACUUUUAUUACUCCAGAUAAAGAUAUAAAUAUUUCUAUUAAAUUGCGUGAUUCAAAGGAAAAAAUAGAAGACAUUUUAAUGGAGAUGAGGAUUUAAAUUUACUACGUGCAAUUGUAUAAUGUGCUAAGAAUCAAGUCAAGUCCCUGUUCUUGUUGCGUGAGGCGAUUCGUCCAUAUAAACAAUGAUUCCAAGUAUGUGGAAUCCAGGUUUCAGUGUUGAAUGGGAGAGUUUACCACUCACCAGAGAGAGUUCUGCGAACAUUUAAAUUUAAUAAAUCAAAAAUCGCUUUUUUUUAUACAAAUUAUUUAUAACAGUUUAGAGCUUAUUUGUAAAAUAAAGUAGAAGAGUAACUCAUAUAGUUUGAAGAGAAAAAACUUAUUAUUUAAAUUAAUUGUCGCUUUUUCUUGAGUAGUUCUGAAUUUUACAAAAAUAACAUUCGAUAUUUUUAAUACCAAACAG